AUGCUGAGUCAAGCUUCACUCGUGCUUCUACAGCGACACUUGGCGCUCAAGGAAAACUCGCCCUUUUCUCUUAUUCUCGACUCCUUGGGCCAGUCGGCACACCCGCUUCUCGCAGAGUUCGUCCAUCACAGUUCUGGCCUGGUGGUGUUCUUAUCGUACGAAACCCCAAACCAGCCAGCGUUCGCCAAUGCGUUUUUGGACUGCUCGUCGGCCAGCGUGAAAGAGAUCGCGGGCUUUGUUUCGUCAAACACCGCAUCUUCUUCGCCGGCGAAAAAGGCCUUGGUGGUGAUCGAUUCCUUGAACUACGUUCCCUCCACAGAGAUCACCCAGCUCAUGGCGGCCAUUGUGCUGCCCAAGACUUCGACCGUUGGCUGUUUCCAUACAAAUGUGCCGGAGCCAUUUUCUUCGGGGUAUCCGAGUGCCGCUGUUCUCUUGCAGUACAUCGCACAGGCCAUCUUUGAGGUUAGUCCAGAGAGAGUCGCAGAUGAAGAGGAAUAUCUGCAGCUGUUGAGUCAAUUGCUGUUUGCUCCCGGCCAGGGCCUCAAUCUGAAAGUUUUUAAAUUGCAUCUAGUAAAUCGGAGGAAAUCUGGCAAGUCUUUGACGUAUGACUAUGUCAUUGAUAGCGCUUCUCAUGAGUACCAACCAUAUACGCAACAGCAGACAGACGACACCGUCAGCGAGGAAGAUAUGCUUAAAGAACUUACAACAUUUAAUCUAUCUACAAAUGCUAAGCAACGAUUUGCGCGAGAGAAGGUCGACUUGCCGUUCAUGGAGGCGCAAACGGAAAUGGGCAAGAUGGGAGGCGCCAUUGUGUACGAGUUUGAGAAAGACGAUGAUUAUGACGAGGAAGAUCCAUACGAAGAUCCAUUUUGA